AUGCCGAGUGUGCCGAAGGAGACUGCUGUGAUCUCCUUACCUGCAAGCCGAAACCUCGAGCUACGGUUUGUCGAGCCCCGAUCGGCAUUUGCGAUUUGGCCAGAGUACUGCAACGGCGACACACCGGAUUGCCCUGCUGAUUUCUUUAUUCAGAAUGGACAUCUGUGUCCAGGAAGAACAAAUGAGUUUUGCUAUGAGGGUCAGUGUGGUAGCCGACCAGAUCAGUGUAAAGCGAUAUGGGGACCAACGGGCCGAGAAGGUGACAGAACUUGUUUCCAACAGAACACGAAUGGGAUCAUCCAAGGCAAUUGUGGAUACGAUGUUCACACUAGGCAGUUCAAGCGAUGUCUUGCAGACGAUAUAAUGUGUGGCAGACUUCAAUGUGCAACUCAAGCCGAACGACCAAUAUUCGGUGAUCCAACUACCGUCACUUCUGCAUACACGUAUGUACGAGUAGGAACUGAGACUCAUCAGUGCCAUGUCAUAAAGACAACCUAUGUAGUUGGCCAGAAGAACGAACCCGAUCCAGGCAUGGUUCUUGACGGUACCGAGUGUGGAGAUGACAAGAUUUGUGUGGACGCCAAGUGCAAGGAGAGAAGUGAAGUGUCCAAGACUGUCUCAAAAUGCAAUGACCAGUGCCAUUACAGAGGCGUGUGCAAUAACGUUGGAAAUUGUCAUUGUGAGAACGGUUUCGGUGGAAUCGCAUGUGAAAUUCCUGGCUUUGGAGGAUCUGUGAACAGCAAUCCAUCGAACACUAGUAGAGGGCUCACUCCGUCAACGAUGUUGUUGUUCCUCUUUGCCAUAUUCUCUGUUGCGAUGGUCAUCGUCUGUUUCUUUUACUGGUUCAAGAAGAAGCGGAAUCUCCCGAAGGAGUUUUGGGAGUAUGCGAGAAAAACCUUGAAGUUGCAUGGCGUACUGGUUCCAGUACGAAAGGCUCCACCUCCGCCAGGUGGUAGAAGGCAUGUAAGGGAGAGUCUAAACGCUGUGUGGGGAGAUGGAGGAGUGACUUACUCAGUGAACGAACGACCACCGCCAUUUGUACCUCCAGCGAUUCCUCUGAUGAGUAUAAACAGUCCAGCUCAGCACCAGCCUCGUAGUCCAGAUCAGCUUCUCACGCAUGUCCCUUUACCACCUGCGAAACCUCCAGUCACAAAGCCCCACUUCACAAGAACGCCCUCUGUACGACCCAAGGAGCCUCCUCCAAUGGUACCCGUUCGCCCACGUGACUCAGUAGUACAGGAAUUGUACAAGGAACACGGCGCCGAGAUGGGGAUCAAGAGUCCACGCAUUGAUUUUGCUUCACGAGAUCUUCCGACUCCACCACCUGAUGAUCCAACUGGAACCAUGAAAAAAGACACACUUCGGCCGAUACAACCACCGCCACCUCCUCCUAAACAUCAGAAACCUCAAUCGAUUAACGAAUUUCCUAAUCGCCCACCAUUACCGGCGAAGCCUCCCGAAAUUCUUAACGGGACCGACAAAGGUGUUGGUGUUCGUGAGCUCGCUGCCAGGUUUGACGCUCAGCGGACAGCCAGAGCUAAUUAA